AUGGGUGAUGAUCCAUGUGCUUGCUAUUUCGACCAUGAGGCUGCCAUGAGAAGGAUACUCUCUUUGCUUCGUGACAGCCAAACGGAAUGUGUUGAUGGAAACUGUGACCCGGCUCAACUUCCUGGAGGUCCUGCUGGAAGCCUAAUGCUCUGGACGAUGCUUUGGGGUGUGCUGGCGCUGGCACUGUUUUUCCUCCGACCCCGUUCUUUGCGACAACGUCCCACGGAUCCGCCCUCAAAACCAGGACCUAAUGACGACCAGGGUUCCAGCCACGAUCCACCACCCGGCCCCGGAGUUCAA